AUGGCUGACAUCGGCACCAUCGCUGCGCUUUAUUUGCUGUGGGAGUCCGAGGAGCGUCGCAAAAGCAAACGCCGUCGUGUUUGGGUGCACGACAUCCUCCGGAGACGGCUACAGCUGGGUGAGUUUCACCACUUGCUCCAAGAACUCCGCCUGGAUGACGGCCGGUUUCAGCGAUUCCUGGCUACUGGCGAUUCGUUCCGGACGAUAGCCACCAGCUUCCGGGUCGGGGCCUCCACCGUGGCUUCCAUCGUGUCCGAUGGGGUGACGGCUAUAUGGGACUGCCUGGUGGAGGAGUUCAUAGCUGUGCCCACUACCGAGGACUGGAGGCUGAUUGCGCAGCAGUUCGAGGAGCAGUGGAACUUCCCUCUCUGUUGCGGUGCCAUCGAUGGGAAGCAUGUUGUUCUGAAGGCCCCUGCGAACUCCGGUUCGCAGUUCUUCAACUACAAGGGAACAUUUUCCAUUGUUCUCUUGGCAGUUGUCGACGCAGACAAGUGCUUCCGCAUCAUCGAUGUGGGGGGCUAUGGGAGAACCAGUGAUGGAGGAAUUCUGGCCAACUCGGUGUUUGGUCAGGCCCUCCGAGCUGGCGAUCUCAAGCUCCCUGCUGACAGAGUACUGUCAGCGGCUGCGCAGAGAGGACCCCUGCCUCAUGUGUUUGUAGCGGACGAGGCCUUUCCGCUACGGACCAACCUCAGGCCAUUCCCCGGACGCAUCCUCCCCCGAGAGCGGCGCGUCUUUAACUACCGACUGUCCCGGGCUCGGUUGGUGGUUGAGAACGCCUUCUGCAUCCUCUCCUCCCAGUGGCGGAUCUACCGGAGGGUCAUCGAGGUCCGUCCUGAGCUGGCGGAGAGAUGCGUCAAGGCCACCUGUGUGCUCCACAACCUCCUACGCAGAACAGCACCAACAGCAGAAGUGAGAGAUUGCCUCCCUGUUGGUGUGGUGUUGCCUCUGCCAGGGCUGGGGAGAGUGGCUGCCAACAACGCCGGGAGAGAGGCCAUCCGGAUCCGCGAGACCUUCACCUCCUACUUCUCUGCAGAAGGGACCCUCUCGUGGCAUGACACCAUCGUAUAGUGCAGUGCACAAC